AUCUGUCCCGCGCAACCGAGGAGAGAGAAAGAAGAGAUAGAAAGAGAAAGUAUGCUAGAGAGAGAAACAGAGAAUUCUCUCUCUCUCUCCUCUCUAUCUCUCCUUCCCAAUCGCGAAACCCUUCGUCUCCCCCGAUCGAAACCCUCCCCAAACCCUAACCCUAACCUUAACCCUAACACUCUCCCCGCAGACGAUCUCUCCCUCGCCCGAUCUUGGAUGCCCUAGGUCCUCAAUUCCUCCCCCCCCCCCCUGCAUGGAAGAGGAUAAGGUCCCCGCCGCUAGGGUUUCGCCCGCUCAUUCCACUAUUCCUCCGCCGACGGAGCCUUCUUCUUCCUCGAAUCCCCCGGAGCGGGAGCGCGCCGCGGCGAGGGCGGCGGCGGCGGCGGCGGCGGAGGAGGAGGAGGGCGGGGAGCUGCGGUUCGAGGUGGAGCUGCGGCCCGGGGAGACCACCAUCGUCUCGUGGAAGAAGCUCCUCAAGGAGGCCGGAUAUGGGGGCGGACCCCCGCAGCCCCGGGGAGCCGACCCGGUGCUCGCUGCGCAACCCGGCCCUUCUGGAUCGGUUAAACCUGCUGAAGAUGACCUAACGGAAAAGGAACCACCAACGAACCGAUUUAGUGCAGUUAUUGAGAAAAUUGAACGACUUUACAUGGGAAAGCACAGCAGUGAUGAGGAAGAUCUUGAUGAUGCCCCUGUUGAUGAUCAAUAUGAUACUGAGGAUUCAUUCAUUGAUGAUGCUGAACUGGACGAAUAUUUUCAAGUCGACAAAUUGGUGACAAAGCACAAUGGUUAUUUUGUUAACAAAGGGAAGUUGGAGCAGAUCGAACCUAGCUCAUCACCUGUUGUGGCAUCAAGGAAGAGGAGAAGAAAAGACUCGACACAUCACGAGGACCAGGACCAUGUUCCUAGUGAACAUGUAAGAAUACGGCGCAAGCGGAUGAACACUGUGGCAAGGAACGAACUGUAUAUGAGAAAGAACCUGCCUUCUUAUGGUGAAGAAGACAGCAAACUUAUAGACAACAAACAAAGUGCCCCUACAGCGGUCUACAAAAAGAAGUCUGUUGAUUUGGCCAGCAGUAUGGAAAAUCCAACAAAUGCAAAAUUACAAAAUAAGGAUGUUGGAGCUCUCCAGUCUAGGGAUAUUUCUGAAAAGUCAAGAGGAACAAAUGAAUCGUACAAUCAUAUGUAUUCAGACCAUCCGGACAAAGGUGUUUCAUGCUUUCUUGAUUUUCAAUCCAGAAAGUUGCUGAAUGGUGAAAAUGACGGUGCAGAAACAAAAUUUCAAUGCAAAGAAAAAUCCACAUCUGGUGAAUUUGCUCACAGGAAUAUUUCUGGUAGUUCUUACCCUCUACAAGCAGUGCAGUCGACAACUAGAAGAGUUAGAGAAGGUGCAGCUAUUAGACCUAAAGGUACAAGACUUGAACGAGCCAUUCGUGAUCUUGAAAAGAUAGUUGCAGCAAUCAGACCACCAAGUUUUGAUGUCCAGGAUGCUGACCCUGCAUAUCAAGGAGUUAAACGGAGAUUGCCUCCAGAAGUUAAACAAACGCUAGCUAAAGUUGCAAGAUUAUCGGCAAGUAAAGGAAAAAUUUCAGAAGAUGAGUUGAUUGACCGUCUUAUGGGCAUUGUCGGUCACUUAGUCCACCGGAAGACUUUAAAGAGAAACAUGAGAGAGCUGGUUGAAUUAGGUCUUUCGGCAAAGCAGCAGAAGGCUGAUAGAUUCGAACAAAUAAAGAGAGAGGUUUAUGAAAUGAUUAAAGCACGUAUUUCAACCAUGAAAUCAAAGGGGACUGAACAACAAGAUGGUUCAACAGAUGAUUUUCAAGAAGCUGUAAGUAAUGAAGAAAGAAGAGCUUUAAAAGGAAGACAUAGUAUGGAUGCUGCCCUUGAAGACAAGAUCUGCGAUCUAUAUGAUUUGUAUGUUGAGGGUAUGGAUGAAGACAAGGGCCCUCUAAGUAGGAAGCUAUAUGUUGAGCUGGCGGAGCUUUGGCCACAUGGUUAUAUGGAUAACGUCGGAAUCAAAGAUGCUAUUUACAGAUCGAAGGAGCGUAAAGGGGCGUUAUACAGGCAACAUAAGGUUCGCGAUGAGGAGAGGCUCAAGAGGAGAAGGUUGGCUGCGGCAGCCAAGCUAGCAAAUAGCGCGCAAACUGCCCAAGUGCGAACUCUACAAGAGAGGCCAGUUAUCACUUACACCAGUCAAGGCAUUGUUUCUCCCGAGAAGACUAAUACAUCCAAUCAACCUCUCACUUCAACAAGCAAGGUCACCAACCCUACUCUCCCUCUUGUCGAUCAAGGAUCGAAAUACGAGGGCGGCAACAGAAAUGUCGAUGCGAGCAAAAAGCCGAAGAGAAACCCGGAACACGAACUGGGAGAAGCGCAAGCUCUCUCGCUCAAGCUUCCUCCGCAGCAGCAGCACGUUAAGGAACGACAAAAGUCUCAAAAAAACACCGAUGAGCCAAAUGCGAGCGGCCAACCUAAAGCAAGCAGUCAGAUGCCCUGUCUUCCGAAUUCCGACCAACCGAGCUAGCAUCCGCUGGGGCGUAAAAUUACACAACUAGUGUGUAUUCUGAUUUUAAUUUUUCGUUUCUCCCCCUUCUUACUAUAAUCAUAGAACAACAUGAUAGCUUUAAUGUGUCCUCAACCAAUUCUUCUCUGAGCAACCAUUUAAUGUUAACCACAGCUUCUAUAUUUACCAUAACAUCAUAUGUAGUCUUUUUUUUUUUUUUCCCCCUUUUUAAACCCCCUUUGGAAUCCAUCGAAAAAUGGUCGUGCGCCGGCUCAAAUAAAGGAUUAAGCACAGCUGGUGGGUGAAAAUCAAAGGUGUGUAGUUAUAUGAUGUGUUGAUUUAGAUGCCUACUGCUUCUGCAUAAUGCUUUAACCAAAAAAAGGUUUUUUUUUUUUUUUCAUUUUCUUUUUGUAAAUACUCUUAUCAUCUGUUUUUAGACAAAAAUGAAUUCGUCA